AUGCCCCCUGGUGGCCGUGCCGGGACCGCGCCCCCACACCUGCUUUCCCCGGCCUGCCACACGCACCGCCCGCUGGCUCCCCUGCCCACGAGUCACCAGCUGGCAUUUGACCACUUCCAUCACCACAACCAAAUCCGCCACCCUGGCCAGGUCCUGUGCCAGCUUGUCUGCCCUAGCCCUCUAGCCUCGCAGUGUGACAGGGAAGUCUGGGUCCGAGCUGGGAAGCAGCUGGUGGGGAAGCGAUGCCCCAUCGGAGGCUCCAGCCAGGGCUGGAUUCCCCUGGGGCCUUUCUCUCUGGAGGCAGAAGGCCCCCAAGGCCUGGCACUGACAGCCCCCACCCCUGAGAGCUGGCCAGAGCAGAAGCCACAGUCAUUUCCUGAAGGCAGCAGCCCGGCGCGGGUCCCACGCGCCCCAGCCCGUCACCUGCCUGCAGCCAUGGAGGGCCAUCAGGACUUCCGGAGCCUCCAAGCAAAGUUCCAGGCCUCUCAGCCCGAGCCCAGUGAACUCCCCAAGAAACCUCCGAAGCUUGAGUUCAACAAACUGCCCAAGUUUCCACAGCCUGUGCCAGGCGAGCACCCCAAGAAGGCCUCACAGCCCGAAUUCACUGAUCACCCCAGGAAGCCCUCGCAGCCUGAGUUCAGUGCGGGCCCUAAGAAGGCCUCGCAGCCUGAGUUCCCUGAUCACCCCAAGAAGCCCUCGCAGCCCGAGUUCAGUGCAGGCCCCAAGAAGGCCUCACAGCCUGAGUUCACCGAUUACCCCAGGAAGCCCUUGAAGCCCGAGUUCAUUGCGGGCCCUAAAAAGGCCUCGCAGGCCGAGUUCACUGAUCACCCCAGGAAGCCCUUGCAGCCAGAGUUCAGUGCAGGCCCUAAGAAGGCCUCGCAACCUGAGUUCACUGAUCACCCCAAGAUGCCCUCACAGCCUGAGUUCAAUGCAGGCCCUAAGAAGGCCUCUCAGCCCGAGUUCACCGACCACCCCAGGAAGCCCUCACAGCCGGAGUUCAGCGCAGGCCCUAAAAAGUUGCCCCCACUUGAGGCCUGUCCAUUUCCCAAGAAGCCCGAGUUCAGCGAGGCCUCUCGGAAGCCCCUGCAGCUGGAGCCCAGCAAGCCAUCCUCAGAGCCCAAGUCCACUGCAUUCCCCAGGAAGCCCUGGCCGCCGGAGUCCAGCGAGGCUGCCCCAAAGCCCCCACAGCCCGAGUUCGGGACCUUUCCCAAGAAGCCUGAGUCUGGGGUGUACCCCCGGAAGCCCCCGCAGCCUCAACUCAGUGGCCUCCCUAAGAAGCCCCUGCUGCAGCCUGAGUUCACUGAGGUCCCGCAGACACUGCCCUCGAGGCUGGAGCCCGGGGAGCCACACCCCCAUCCCUCAAAGCCCGCGUUAGGUGCCUCUCCCAAAAAGGGUCCGCAGCCUCAGCUGGGUGAGUGCGCCAGGAUGUCCCCAGAGCCUGAGUUCGGUGAUCUUACGAGGACGGCCUCGGAGCCCGAGUUUGGUGUGUUUCCCAAGAAGCCGCAGCAGCCGGAGUUCCAGGCACUGAUCAAGAAGGCCCCACAGGCUGAGCUGGGCACCCUGCCCAGGACGGCCUCGGAGCCUGAGUUCGGCUUGCUGCCCAAGAAGUUUCCGCAGCCCGAAGGCCAUGGGCUGACCCGCAAGUUCUCGCAGGCCGAGGCUGGUAGCCUGCCUCGGAAGCGCACACAGGCUGGGUUCUUCAGUGACCUCUCUCGAAAGCCUCUGCUCCCCAGCUCAGUCUCGGAGAGCUCGCUGCCCACCGCUGUGGGGGGCACCAGCCCCAGGUUCCCACUCGGCCCUGGGUUUGGACCCCGUCCAGCAGGGCAGGGCCGGCCAGGGGGCCUUGCUUACAGUGGAGGCGUGAGGUUAGGCCUUGGGCCCGGCCACCCACCCCGGCGCAGGCCUCUGCCCCCUGCCAGCAGCCUGGGACCCCCUCCUCCCAAGCCCCCACUGCCCCCAGGGCCCCCGGAUAUCCAGAGUUUUCGGAGACCCUCAAUGGCAGCAGCCACAGCCCUGCACAAGAGCCACUCCUUCACUGGGAUCAACUUCCAGGCCCGGCAGCCCAAAGCCAUCUCACAGGAGCCAGAAGGGAUCUAUGAGCUCUAUGACGACGUGGAGCAAGAGGACUCCAGCCCCAGCCCAGGGAGCAGAGAUGAAGUGGCGGCUCCACAGCAGGCCCGCAAGAGGCCUCCACAGGACCCAGAGCCCAGGAAGGAGAAAGCCCCCCAGCCACAGCAGUUGCCACCCGUGGACCAGAAGACCCUGAAGCAGAUGAGGAAAGCGGAGAAGGCGGAGAGGGAAUUCCGGAAGAAGUUCAAGUUUGAGGGGGAGAUCGUGAUUCAGACAAAGAUGAUGAUCGACCCCAACGCCAAGACCCGCCGUGGGGGUGGCAAGCACCUGGGAAUCCGGCGCGGGGAGAUCCUGGAGGUGAUCGAGUUCACCAACAAGGAUGAGAUGCUGUGUCGAGACACCAAGGGCAAAUAUGGUUACGUGCCCAGGAUAGCUCUGCUCCCCCUGGAAACGGAGGUAUAUGACGACGUCGGCUUCUGGGACCCUCUGGCGAGUCAGCUACCACCCCGAGGACAGUAAGGCUCGCAGGUAUGGGUUCCCAGGACCAACCCACCAUAACAGCCACCCAGACUGCAGGACCCCAGAGCUCAGCAGUGGAUGCUGCCAAGGCUUGUCUGGCCACUUGGACGGACACGGACAACAUAAAGCCCCUCUGAAAGCAAAACCUGCUUUGUGUCUUUCCUUUACCUGCCUGAUCGCACAAGGGGUGGAGCAGAGGUACAGGAAACCAACUGGCCAGACUGCCUGGUGUCCUGCAAGGUUAUGGACACAGCUACUCCCCAUAUCUCAUUCCUCAGGGAUCACGGUGAGGGGAAGAUGUCCCCUCCAGACUUCGGCGGGGGCGGGGGGGCUUGUGACUGGAUUCCUCUACCAAAGCAACAACCAACAGCUGGGGAACAAUGGGAGCAAACGUGUCAGAUGCCAGGCAGUGUGGAGGUGCACACAGGUAGAAGGAUGUAGCCCACACUCUGAGCUGCCGCCCACCCAGGAACAGCAGGCUGUAGACACCUGUGCAGAGUAGGCCUGGGUGAUCGCAUGCUGGUGUGUGGGUGUAACUCCCAAGUCCACCAGCGCCUGUGCAUAUAGCUCAGCCCAGGCCUCUGAAGGGAAAGAACACGCUCCAAGCCCUCACCCUACUUGCGGUGUCUUAAGAAAAGCCAGGCUGGAAGUGACCAUGGUGACAGCCCUUGGGUCCCCAGAGCGAGGGUACAAGAAGGGGAUGGGGUGGCUCCAGACGGCCAAGUAUUCUCACAGUGGGGACUUACAACCACUGGGAUGCAGCGUCCACAGCAGGGUCUUUUCCCAAAGGGGCCGUAGACAGGAGGUGUGGGAACAAGGUCACAGCCCAGCUCCAAGGGGAGAAAGGAAACCGGGGCUCAAGGGUGGUGGCCCCACAACACACAUACACAAGCGAGCAGCUUUCAGGAACUGGUAUUUAUUAUCAAAGUCAUAUUUGAUGUCAACAAGAUGCCACAACUACAAAAAAAAUUGUGCACGUUGCAAUCUCAAUGCAAACAGUCAAAUGGAACCCCAGUCAUUAAAAAAGUAAUUCAAAUUACCCCAAAAAGCAACUGAAUUUUUUAAACAUCUUUAUACAUCCAGCCAACAAAUUAAAAUGGUUAACAAGAAAAAAUACAAAUUCAGAGGUCUGG